AUGCAUACUUUGAAGAACGAAGACGAGACCGAGACAAAGACAGAGACAACAACAGCAACAGAAACAAAACCGUCAACGGAUGUCGAUGUUGUGGCGAAUUUGUUAGUUGAUUUUAAUAUUGGAGAUGAUAUGUGCUUAUCUGAAUUUUUGAACUCGGAUUUCUCGACUACGUGCAGUUUCGAUUAUAAUGAUCUGUUGUCGUCGCCGUGUUCAGAUCAGACUCAAAUAUUUUCUGAUGAGAUUUUGAAGAACUGGGCACAAUGUAACUUUGGUGAUGAAACUAAUGUGUCCAACAAUCUUCAUUCUUUCAAUUCCUUUCUUGAAUCCAGUGAAGAAGUUCUAGGGGAAUGA